GCACCACAUGGUUGGAACAGAGUAACAUAAGAAGUCCAAAUUGUGUCCAGGGCCCAAUUAGGAUAUAAUGGAACAACAGAUCUGAAAACUGUGUGUUUACACGUGUGCUGUGAUUGUCAAGAUACGUAUAUGACACUAACAAGUAAUUUAUCAGAGGAGGUUAAAGUGAGGGAGGAAAGAGUGUGGCUCCGGAGAGCUGUCACUUUCUGUGUGUGUGAGGGCGCGUAGGGGGGAUUAUCAUUACGCACGUUGAGCGGAGCGCAGUUUUGGUGAUGCAUUCAGUCGAGAGAGGUGCAGCUGAGCGUAGUGAGUAUCAACCUGGAUACUCGGGAACAGAACCCCCGCAGUAACUGGAGAGAGGGAUCCGACUGUUAUGGGGAACACCUUUUGUGCGCAUCACAGGAAUUUUACUCAUUUUCUGUUUCAUCCAUUUUGGUGAAUACUCCGUCGUUUUUGUUGACCGAAAGCCAAAGAUGCACACCGCUGAACAAAGGAUUUAGAGGGAAAACGAUAAAAAAAAGUCAACAUAUUUUAAUCUUUACACCCUAACACGUUCCGUGUCUACCUUUUGGACUUGCAUCGAUGCCCAUUUUACCUCUGAGGAGAACAGACACGGGCUGAAUUAUCGGGUUCCCUCUGGUUUGAAAGCUGGAGCAGGAAGAAUCAUCUGGGUUGUUCACAUACACGUCCAUGUGGAUCGAGAAAGAAUAAGCAAACAGCAGCAGCAGAGCCCGUUCCGAAAUGUGACAUUUUUUUUAUUUUAAGUUUUAUCUCUAUCAAACCUAACAACUGUGCUUCCGACUUCAUUCUAGACCACGUCUGUUUACAUCGAUCAAGAGAUGGCGCUCCCACCCGUCCUGUUCCUGCUUCUGCUCACUAUUAUCCAUCGUGCAAGUGGUCAAAAUCCAACUGACUCAGAGACUCUCCCAAGAGGCUGCGACUGGGGCCUCGUACGUCCCUACACCCUCCUCUGUGACCUGGAGUCCAUUUGGGGAGUGGCUGUUGAAUCUGUGGCUGCCGGCGGGACCCUGGCUGCCAUCUUACUUGGCCUUGUCCUGCUGUGCCGUUUACGCCACAUCAGUGAGGCUGAGAAGCGCAGUGGCGUGGGUCCCAUCCUCCUGCUGCUUCUUGGCAUCCUCGGCUUGUUUGCCCUGAGCUUUGCUUACCUGAUCGAGCAGGAUGAGGCACUUUGCCUGCUCCGCAGGGCCCUGUGGGGUCUCCUCUUUGCUGUCUGCUUCUCUUGCUUGCUGGUUCAGGGUGUCCGUCUGCGGAGGCUGGGCCGGGAACGUCGAAGUCCUGGUGGUUGUGCGCUAACAGGCCUGGCACUGGGUUUGAGUGCUGUACAGGGCAUUAUUGCUGCAGAGUGGUUACUUCUAACCGUACUGAGGGAGGGAAGAGCAGCCUGUCAGUACCUGCCUUUGGACUUCUCAUUAGCCUGCAGCUAUGUGUUAGUCUUGCUACUAGCUGCACUGACUGCUGCCUCCCUGGCCCUCUGUGGGAAGACACGCCAAUGGCGAUGCAACGCUAUUUGGCUUCUUGUGACCUGCCUCCUGUCUCUGCUGCUGUGGGUGGCCUGGGUGGGUUUCUAUCUGUAUGGCAAUGCCUGGCUUGGCAGGUCCCCAGACUGGAAUGAUCCAGCACUGGCAAUAGCUUUGGUGGCUCAGGGCUGGCUGCUGCUGAUCUUCCACGCCAUUCCUGAAUCCCACAUCUGCCUGAGACCCCCACCACAACCCACUGCCCCAGACUACUUUGACACUUCCCAGAACUCGACACGGAUGAGGGAGACAAGCUUUGAUGAAGAUAUCCCUCUGUCUCACAGACAGUUUGUGGAAAACCAGGGCUACGGAUACAACGAUGAAAACACUGCAGGCUUGAGGAGCAGUGGCGGUGCUGGGCAACACAACAGUAACACCGGCGCCAGACCCAGCGCUCCUUUCCGCAGCAACGUGUACCAGCCCACCGAGAUGACCAUGAUCCUGAACGGGGGAGCGGUGAGUACAUCCUCCCAGUCACAGGUUCCUUCUGCACCUCCCACCUACACAGGGAGGCAGUUGUGGUGAGCAAAGGCUUUGGAAAGAGGAUGUACGAUAGAAAAUGAAGAGAAGAAGAGGAUGGUGAGGGUGAGGAGGGAGGGGUCCAGGUCUAGGGGCUCAUCUGGUUGGACUGGACUUGUGGCAUGGAUGCCUACAGGGCUCUUUCUACUCUGUGUACAGACUUUAACAUUGACUGUGUGCCAAUCAAGUAUUGUAUGAGUGUGUGUAAGGUUGAGAGAAAGCCAAGUAUGGAGGACAGAGCUACAGCAUUUCUAACCCAAAUCUCCACAGAAGAGUUUUAAAACAUGAAAUGUGUCCAGCAAGUAGCAAAACAUAACACGCCAACUCAAAUCUGAGAAUAUCAACAGUAUUGUUUUUUUUUAUUUUAUGAUUUGCUCCUCUGACAGUACAGCAUCACUGACAACUGUGAAAUCUAUUCCCUUUUCCUGCUCCAGCUCUCAUCCUGUCAGGCAGGAUGUCUUUUCUGCUGCUCCUCACAAUGCUGGCACUCAAGUGGAAACAUUUGGCUCUGUCCUCCAUACAUUCACACCGUACACCAAGACAGAGCACAUGGGCGACUGUAAAGCUCGAGCACCGCCCUCUGUGGGGGUCUGUGUACAAUAUAUAGGAGGAGAGAGUGUGUCUGUGUGUGUAUGUGUUCCUUACAACUCUCCCACUCCAACAAACCCUCAUUCCUCAAGACUGUUAACCCUGGCCUUUUUUCCUCCUUCACCCUCUCUCUUUGGGUUAACACUGUCUGCGACAACACAUAACUCUCUUCACCUCGUGUCAUCCUCCCACCUGCAUGGACACUUUGCAAACACAAACUGUGAAGCCUGAACUGGAAACAAAGUUCCCAGUGAGCACAGACACAACAAAAGCAGCCUGAUCAGAGGAAUCACAGACUGCUGAUGAACUGCUGUUAAGAUAUAUAACGGAACUGAGUGGAUUAUGAUUGGACGAAGAGGGCAUCAGUCAUCAGCGGGGAGGUGCUGCUCUGUGAAUCUAGGUCAGACUUCUGUGCUCGCCCACAUCUCCGGUGGCCGCUGGCGGAUUGAAGCAGCAAGGAGAGACUGUCACUUUCCAUCAGCAGGAAACAGAGCGAGGAAAUGAAAUAGUCUUCCGCUCUUAGUUCCUCUAUCUGAGUUGUGCGUGUGAGUAUGUGAGUGUUGUGAUUUCAUGAGUAUCGGUGGGGAAAAUUCAAAGUCUAAGUUGCUUUCUGGUGCUAAAAUAUUCCUCCACACAAGUCUCCAGUGAGGCACAGAAACAACACUUGUGUGGAUACAGUAGUCAAACUGUGAGUGACAGACUAAAUAUAGAGCUAUGGCUUUGUGGAAAUAAUCUAGAGCCUCAAGACAGAUCAGAUUCACACUGCAAGGUAGAAAGAGGAGGAUCAAAUGUAUAAGGAGGAGAGGGGGGUGCAGGGGAAGGAGAUAGCAAAAAUGGUCAGAGGGGAGUCUAAGCAACAGUGAAAUCUCUGUGAUUUCCUUAAAUCAGCCUUCAAUCUAUUUAAGAAAGUGUCUCUCUGGUCUGUGUGUAUGUGAGUGAUGUGGGGGCAGCUGUGUCCUUCUGCUCCAUGUGGUUGCCUUUUUAUCUAGUGAAGAUUCUCUCCCUCCUCCUCUUCCUCACCUUCCAACUGUCUCUCUGUGGUCAGCCAUAGCUCAAGUCCCUGUGCCAAGAAGGACUCUCGUUUCACAGCUUUCCCUUCAUCGUGGCUCCAGCUUUCUUUCACCUGAGAAGCUGUGUACAUAGUAGUGCUACAAAGCUUUGCUUGCUUCUUUACUUUCUUCUUCUUCUUUUUUUUAACUGUAGAGUUUAGACACCAGUGAUGCACUGAAGAACUGACCACUGAAAAUUGAUUUUAUCUGUAUUUCUUUUUUCUAUUCUUUUUUUUUUUUUUACUGGUUGCUUUGUGUUUGAACUUUGCUUGUUGUUCCAUGUGUUUUUGUUUUUUAUUUUUGUCUUGCUGGUGUCUUUUUUUUUUCAAAAUGAGCAUUUGGAAAUGUUUUGCCAACAAUAGAGAUGCUUUUUUUGUUUGUUUGAUUAAUGUUCAUGGGAAUUCUGUGAGUUGUCAUUUAAAAUUAUUUUUUUGUUGGUCGUACCUCCUACUGUCAGUCAAGACAGGAGGGAUACAAACACACUUAGUUUCAAAAUGAGAGAAAAAUUACAAUGGCUGUGAAUAACUUUAUGCAGUAAACAAAGACUGAUCCUGUGAUACUUUGGGGGUAACUAUAAAAAGAAGAGCAGGGAGGGCAGACUACACUAACUUCAAAACCACCAAUAAUUGACCACUAUAAAAGUAAAGACCAUGGGUCAAGCUCUGACUGCUGCUGUAUGUUUAUGUCUUACACACUGGCUAUUCUAAAAUAAGACUGCUAUGUGCAGGCCAGCUUCAUGUCCAAACACAGCUUGUGCUGCUACAUCAAGCUGUGUUUGGGCCAACCCCGAUCAGAGACAGGUCUUCGCAAGGACUGUCUCAGGGGUUUUUUGGAUGAUCAGCAGUAAGUCUCAACACUCAGAGCUGUAGAGGGAGGUUUUUAAAUCUAAUGAUGUUUUCACUCAAUGUGGAGUACAGAAAAAAAGAAAGGAAAAAAAAAAGAACAACAUGAUGUGACUUAGUAGAUUUUGCACUUGUCAACUACCUAUCUGUGCAUGCUUAUCACCAUUUCUACAUAUAAGACCUUUCUCAGAUGUACUUUUGAAUACUAAUUCUAUUUAUGUAAAGGUCAUGUGACAGUAAUCAUAAUUUCAGUGUAUAUCAGAUGACACACUUAAUGUCUGUGCUUUCUUAAACACAAAAGAGAGCUGGUUCUUGUGAAGCAAAGAGAUUAACAUCAGGGGACAGGGUCCAAAAUUUUACGAUUCCCCACAAAGGAACAACAUGUCAUCAACAGUGGACCGGAUAACUUCCUCUCUUACGUUUGAAGACUUAAUGAUAAAAAAAAGGAAAAAAAAAGAGAAAAAAAAAAAGAUAAAGAAAAAAAGA